ACACUUGGAAAACUGAAAACCCCACCCAUUAUCUUGUACCUGACGGUUCAGACCUUGAUUGGCUAAUUCUUGCAGAUCCCAAAAAAACCGUAAACAUACUACCUACCUUAACCGACCGUUGAAGACCCUUUUGAGAAAUUUCUGGGUUUCUCUGUCUGAGCGACCGUCUAUCAUUUUCUUUUCCUCUUUCAGGAUCUCUGAACCUGGUUUCAAGUGGUCUUUCAGGGACUUGAGGGAAGGGAAUGUGAUCUUUUGUGGAAGGGUUUCGACUUCAUUGAAUACUAAUCCAAUUGAGCGUAAAAAUUCAAGGCUGAAUUUUGCUACUUGAUGGAUGAACCUUGCAGUUCAAAUGCGCUGCCACCUUUCCUCACGAAGACAUACGAGAUGGUGGAUGAUCCUUUGACAAACGCCAUAGUUUCAUGGAGUUGCAAUAACCGAAGCUUCAUUGUCUGGAACCCUCCAGAAUUUUCAAGGGAUCUACUGCCCAAUUACUUCAAGCACAAUAACUUUUCCAGCUUUGUCAGACAACUCAACACAUAUGGAUUCAGGAAGAUUGAUCCUGAACAAUGGGAAUUUGCUAAUGAUGAUUUUGUCAGAGGGCAGCCACAUCUUCUAAAGAACAUUUAUAGACGUAAGCCUGUUCAUAGUCAUUCUGGACAAGGUGCUGUUGAGUCUCAGUUAAGUGAAUCAGAAAGACGAAGGUACAAGGAUGAUAUUGAGAGGCUGAAGAGCGAUAAAGAGGCACUUCUUUUUGAACUACAGAGGUAUAAACAGGAGGAGCAAAGAUUUGAAUUACAAGUGCUGGGUACGACAGAAAGUGUUCAGCUCAUGGAACAGAAGCAAAAGAACAUGAUGUCCUUCUUGUCUAAAAUUUUGCAGAGACCUAUACUUGCUUUGGAGCUCAUGCCGGAACCACAUAUUCAUGAGAGAAAGAGAAGGAUUCCGGGAAACAGUUAUCUAAAUGAAGACAUCAGCAGGGCAAAUACCCAAAUAAAUUCUCAAAUUUUGCAAAAAGAGCAUUUAGAUGCAAGUUCUCUUUUAGCUUUCAACAAAGAUUUGCUGGAGGAGUUGGACUCUACACUGUCAUUCUGGGAAAAUAUAUUGAUCAACGUUGGUCAAGCAUGUGACAGACUUACUUCAUCUCCAGCCUUGGUUGAAUCUACAAGUUGUGCUGGGAGCCCUGUUGUGUCUUACACAGAGCCUAAUGCUAAUGAUGUCUCCGUUGGGCCCAAGAUCUCUGAGAUUGACAUGGACUGUGACCAGAAUACUAACACUGCUGUCAUCAACGAUACUGCUAACUCAGACGAACUAGUAGCUAUGAAUUCCACUAAUGUACCCACUAAUGGACCAACUGGGGUCAAUGAUGUAUUUUGGGAACAAUUCUUGACUGAAAAUCCUGGUUCUAGUAAUUCAUCAGAAGUGAAAGUAAACAUCAUGAUCAUGGCAGGUUUUGGUGGAACAUGAGAAGUUUAAAUAAUCUUCCAGAACAGUUGGGACAUUAUACUCUUCCACCAGAAAGAACUUGAUGUCAGUAGGUCAUGUACCGCACACGCCUUUUCUUUUUGUGG